AUGGUGCUUGUUGUGGAAAAGACAACCUUUGGGGUUAUUCACCUGCCCCUCGUGGAACUGGCUGUCAACACAACUGCGACGCCAAAGCUGAAUGUGGUCCCUACUCAAAGCCUGAAAAACAAAAAUGCUCUCUCGAUGUCUGCUGCAGUUAAUUUGGUUACUAAUAAAAUGGACCUAAAUUAUAGUUCAUAUGACGAAAAGUACGGCGGAUGUGCCAACUUCAAGAGACCAUAUAACAGCGGUACGAGUGCAAAAAAGCGGAGUAUUGGAUAUUAUGAGUCCAGGGCCAAUACCCUAGCAUGCCAGGUUGUGGCUCCCGAGGAUUUGAAUCUUGAUGGCUUUACAUCCAUGAAUUCCGCAUUUGCGUUUUUCGACCCAAAAACCUUUCAAGUUACACCCAUGGAUGGCAAUUCUGCUUCGCUUUAUAGCUGUUUCACUGCACUAAAUGAGAGGAAACCUGACCACGAUGCCUUUAUCAAUAGGAUUAUACAGUUUAUGGACACCUAUGGCUUUGAUCUCGAUUGGGAAUAUCCAGGUAGUGAUGACUGUGGUUGUCAGGGGGCAGUUACCGGAUCUUGUGAAUGGCGAGGGUAUCGAGGAGCAGGUCUUAGUUGCAUUGGGGAAUGCGCAAAAGGGGAAAUUGAGCUGACUACAAACACCAAUUCGCAUGACUCCAAGAAAGGCGACCUGAAUUGCAACGGAGGGAUGCAGAGCUAUUGCUGUGCUAGUUUUCAAUUUACAUCCUUAAAUCUAGAUGACAUCGCAGGUGCAGAAGAUGCCCUUAAGCAAGCCGCAGAAGAUGCAGCCAUCCAAGUCGCCAUUGAAGUGGCUGCCAAAGCAUUCUGCAGGGUUGCCGUUCCUGCCUUGCUUGCGCCUCUCGAAGCCAUUAAGGCGGUAAUUCCCAUCUUUGGAGAAAUUGCUGACCUGGUUGAGAUGGCAGCUACGCCGGGGAUUAUUCAGGGCUGUAUAGAAGGCAUCAAGAAGGCAGGCAAGGCUGAAGAAAUGUCCUUCAUUGAGGAGAUCCAGAAACCCACCGUCCAAGAACGUCAGCCGACAAAUUUACAAGGCAUUGCUCCAAACGUGCCAAUUGGCGUGAUGGCUCCGGUAAACUUCCUCAUCGGGACAUCUAUGAGCAUAAACCUGAGAUGA